AUCCGAUACCAUUUCUUCCUCAGCAUCUUUCUUUCAAACACUUCCUUCGCACAACCAAAACAAACGGGAGCUCGACUGGCCACUCAAAUGUGACGACGGCCCAGCCCAGAGUCUGAUCCUGCCUUGCUUUCCCUGCAUUUGCGCAUUUCCCAUCGCAUGUCAGGACUGCCGGACAUCAACGACCCAACAGCCAUAGCAGUUUGGAAUAGAGCUGCUGCGCGUCUCGUGCGGGAGACGUUGGAGAGAAUCAUGACUUCGUCUGCGUCGACUGCUACACCCAUGAAGCAUGCCUUCGAGAGGCGUGUUCAGGACGUCAAGUCGCCCAAAAGCGACAUCAACGCCCUGAUCCUCGAUUACUUGACGAUGGAAGGAUACCCUAAUGCUGCCGCAAAAUUCAGCAAGGAAGCCAAUCUCCAACCCCACCAAGUUGACGAGACGAUCAAGGUCCGCCAGCAGAUCCAAAAGUCUAUUCACACUGGCAGCAUUCAGUACGCCAUCGAGGCCUUGAAUGACUUUGACUCAGAGAUCCUGGACCGCGAUCCAACGUUGCACUUCGCGCUGCUCCGUCUCCAACUUGUGGAGCUCAUUCGGGCGUGCACGAACACACCCGGCGGGGAUAUCACUCCUGCCUUGUCAUUCGCCACGAACCAUCUUGGACCACGUGCACCGACCGACUCGCGCUUCCUAAAAGACUUGGAAGAGACGAUGGCGCUGCUUGUGUUCCCACACAACGAUCUCGAACCGCAGUUGGCAGCCAUCUUGCAUCCAGACCUGAGACGGGAUGUUGCGGAUGAUGUCAACAAGGCCAUCUUACAGCGUCAGUCGGAGCGUAGGGAAGCCGCGAUCCGACAGCUGGUCAAGAUGAGGGCUUGGGCUGAGUCUGCUGCGAGAGCAGAGAAGAAGCCCCUCCCUGAGAGAAUCGGACUCGGCUUGAACGGGGACGAGAGUGACGUGCACGAACCGAUGCUGCUCUCGUAGGGCGACGGUGGUGAGGACUACGGCAGCGACGACAAGGAUAUUGAUGUCCCGCAAGACGGCACGUCGAGUGAUGGCAGUCGGUCAGAAACAGACGGGCUUCAUUGGCCGUCUUUUGACAGCCCAUAUACCGUCCAGGUCGAGGAAUAGAAUCGCAUCCUGGGAGCGGAGAGCUAUCGCGAGGGCGUGGCCCAUGUCACUGACGACGGUGAAGACCGCCGUUUGGUUGAGCUGAUCAUGGAAUACCAUGAAGAAGACGAACAUGAUAGCUAGGAAAGAGCGUAUGGCGUUUAGAGCAAGCAGGAUUUGACUUUGGGGGACUGGCCAGGAUUGGCAAAUCUUGGAGGCGUUCAACAUUCGGUUACGAAUGCAUGAGACCAUGCUACAUAUAUCUUUAAUGGUUCACGACGUCGGGUCAACAGAUGACCGAUAAACGAAUAGAAGCCAUCAUGGCAAUUCCGAACUUUA